ACUGAAAUUUACAUUGUUAGCUUCUGUUGUCAAUAUAGUUCCCUGUAUCUACUGUGCGAUCUAGUCGUUGUAAUUUCGUCUGCGAUCUGCUAGGUCGCUGAGAAAAUUUGGAAAAUCUUAUGAUUCGCGAGGAAAAGAAACGAGUGAUUUCGUAGUAGUUAAUUGAAGAAAUUUUGAUCAGGAUUCCGUCUCGUUUUGUGUUUUGUCGUUUGUCGCUUUGUAUUGGUUUCUGGCUUUGCUGUUUUGGCUAAUUUUGUGUUUCCUUGCGAAAAGCAUUCAAAGCGAGCUUUAUCAAUAUUUCUCUUUGAAAUCAAUGUUGGAAGUUUUUAUUAUUAACUUCCCAUUAUGUUAAUGGUCUAACAUUUUCUCCAUGUUGUGUUAACUGCAUGAUAACCACCCAAUAGCAGUUUUUUCUGAUGGAGAAAAAACAAUAAAUAAGGAUAACGUAUUUGGUCCCUAAGCCAAGCAAAACAUAUAGAAAUACACCAUCAGUAUUGUAUUGCUAAAGGUUUAGAAGCACCAAAUAUUCAGAUUUCAACUCAACCAUUUUCAAUGGUUGGAGGUAUGUGUUCGAUUCAGAAUUUAUUUCCGCAUACAUGAUCUGAUGUAUUAAAAUUGUUUACAUAGAAGAUCAUGAUUUAAGAUGAGUUUAAAGAAUUUUUAAACUUACAAUCAAGUAAUUUUUGGAUGUAUAAUUAGUGCAAGGACAUGUUUAAAGUUGCGGAUUACCAUUUUCUCUCUAUCUAAUUGCGGUAUUCUGCAUGUACGGUGACCAGAAUAAGGUGUCGGGAGUAGUAGUUGUUAAAAGUUGCUGAGAAAAUUGGUGGAAUUGGUCGUCCUAUUGAUGAAUAGAAAGAGAUGAGAGUUUGGAUAUAAAUGAACUUAUUCGAUUGAUCGUCUCCAGACUUGUGGUUUAUGUCUACAUUUUGUUCCAUCCCAUGAACAUGCCACCACUGCUUCAUGGAUGUUCUCUUAGCUUUAGUAUAUACAGAAAUCUGGAGUAAACAUCCGUUUUUUUGUCUCUUGGCUCAAUUCCUUUUGCUGUGUUCACUAUCAUCCGGAAAGCUAUGUCGGGCUGCUUGUGAAGUCGAACGACAUUUUGAUAUUUAUGUGUUUGGAAUAGCAACUUAUAUCUUAUUAUAUGGUUUUUGCAGUUCUACAGUUUUACCCUUGGUAUACCUGUAGCUUGGUAGUAGCAUUCAGAUAUGCAGGCAUCACGAGCAGGACUAUUCAAGGAAUGAAGGAAUACAAAGAGGUUCAGCGAGAGAAAGUAGCUGACCCGGACAUUCUACUGGUGUGUGACGAGUCCAACAUAUUCAAAUGGACCGCCCUUAUUAAGGGACCAUCAGAGACUCCUUACGAGGACGGGGUGUUCCAGCUUACAUUUGCUGUCCCUGAACAAUAAAUACCCUUUGCAACCUCCUCAAGGUGAUUCUUGACAAAAAUAUUCCAUCCAAACGUGCAUUUCAAGGUAUGAAAUUGUUUCAAUAUGUGUUAUCUCGUUGUCUUUGUGGACAACAGCUUUCUGUCUUUGGAAGAAACAUAAUUUGUAAUUUAAGUCUAUUCAUGAAAGAGGAAUAAUGGAUCUGAAAUCCAAACCCGACUCUUAUAUCUCCUAACCAAAACUUUAAAGCAAUUCUCUUAUUGGUGCCUCUUCUAUGACGUAUAUAUUAUCUUACAAUGAAAUAGAAAAUGUAGAAAUAACAGAAACUUAAAACACGACAGAAACAGAACAAGAAAUUUGCCGGUGCUGCCAAAUGAGAUUCUCUCUGGUUCCACUUUAUCUGUUUCAGGGACUCGUGUAUAUUAAUAGAACUUGGCGGUUAUCAUCUCUAUGUGUUCUUCUCGCAUGAAUAAAACAGUACAAGAGGGUUAAUAGUUUCGUAAAAUGACCUGAAACUGUGAUUAAUCUGUUAGACCCGUGUGCUAGAUGAAAAUAUGAUAUUUUGAUCUGCUUGUUUUUCGCUCGAUAAUAUGUCUGGAUAUC